AUAGCUCUUAUUUCUGAUGUUCUGGUUUGUAAUUUCUCUGGCAGCUGUGAAAGGCAACGGCACGUGGCUGGUCUUCCUGCCGGUGGCUCCUUUAGAGACGAGCUCCAUCGGUCUUCUGGCGCUGGCCUUCAUCACCGUGCUGCUGGCUCUGGCUGCUCUCUUACUGCUCUGCCACUUACUGUGCUUCCACGUGUACUUACUGUCUCAGGGCAUCAGCACUUACGAGUACAUCGUCAGGAAGCGUCAGUCUCCGAACCCUAAAGAGAAAGAGCAGGUUCCUCCGGCGCUGCCGUCUAACGGAGCCAGCGCACAGGUACAGACCAUAAAUACAGUAAACACAGUAAAACAAUAAAUACAACUCAUGCAAUGCAACUUCAACCAAACACUUAAUAACUCCUUUGCAUAGGGAUAAAAAAAAAUAUUUAGCAUUCAAAUUUAUGC